CUUGCUUAGCGUGCUUCACUGGAGCCCAAAGGGUUUCAAGAUCCUCGGUCGGUUUUGCGAGGAUUACUGUCUGUGGUAUCUGUGCGCGCGCGUUCGCGAUGCGAUGUGACGUGUUUGUUGGGUCGACGUUUGAUGAAUGGUUGCAUUUCGUGCUGCGAACCUGCUUUCGACUUGCUUGGAAUCUUUUGUCACGGACCAAAAGGGUGUGGAGGAAUGACCAACGAAGCGGGAGUUCGAUACCCGCUAGGAGUGGUUGCUUUUUCAGUCGUAGCUAUUGCGCCGUGGAGUUCUCAGGGGACGGGCCUAAGGGGACCCACCAACUACUAGGGAUUGGCCCAAGCAACUACUACUACCGCAAUUCCAACUACCGAAGCGGGUGCAUCCAUGUGGCCCCGUGGAUAAAAUUUCCCAGAUUGGUUCGAACCCGAGACGUCUUGCGAAAUCUUGUCAUGGAGACAUCCGGCCAUUGGGCUACCGUACCUGUGGUCGCUUUGCUUAGAAUUGAUUCGAUUGGAUUUGGUUUCGACUCUUAUUCAGAGAAGAAGAACAAGUUAGCAUUCUGUCUGUUCUAUUGUCCUUACAGAUCUUUUGGUUUUAGGGUAGAAAUUAGAAUAUGUGACGAUGCAACAACGACUACUGAUAUUCCUGAUGCUGCUUUCUUUUGGGCCUGGAGGCUGAACUAAAUCAGGAGAUGGCAAAGCUUUAAAGACUGAGGAAUGCUUGGUGCUGUAUGUGAGAGGGAUUUCAAUGGGGGUGGGGGAAGAAGAGUUUGAACAGGAGCCAUAUGUGGGGUUGGAGUUUGAUACCUCAGAUGAUGCUCGUAUAUUCUAUAGCAAUUAUGCAUCACAAGUGGGUUUUAGAAUACGGUCUGGUCAAUUGUAUCGAUCGCGAGUGGAUGGAUCGGUUUGUAAUAGGAGAUUUGUGUGCUGGAAAGAAGGGUUUCAGAUUAAUUCAAGGACAGGGUGCCCUGCAUUCAUUAGGGUGAAAAGAUCUGAUUCUGGCAAGUGGGUCCUUGACCAAUUUGCGAAAGAUCAUAAUCAUGAUAUUGACGCUUGUGAGGAGAAUCAUCCUGUCAAUUCCCGGUGCAAAAGUUCAGCAACAACUGCUAAAGUAGUUGAUUUGUGCUGUAAGCCACGGAUAAAGCAGCUUGAUGUUGUUGAUAAUGGAUGCUCAUCUUCUUCAAGUAUUGUUAGUGCCAAACGCAUUAAACCGGGGGCAAAUGAAGGACAAGUGAAAAUUGAGCUCUAUGUGGGUCUAAAGUUUGAUUCAGCUAACGAAGCAUACCAGUAUUAUGAUGCAUAUGCUGGGAAUGUGGGAUUUAGAGUUCGUAUCGGUCAGUUGUUUCGAUCAAAGAACGAUGGUUCGAUUACUUCUCGGAGAUUUGUCUGCUCGAAGGAAGGAUUUCAGCAUCCUUCUAGGGUUGGGUGUGGUGCAUUUAUGAGGAUUAAGAGGCAUGGUAAUGGAAGGUGGAUUGUUGAUCGUUAUCAACUAGAGCAUAACCAUGAGCUUGAGAUGCAAAUGAAAGCCAACAGAGGUUCAGCUUCUAGGAAAUUUUUAGAUGAGAUUAAUGAAACAUCGGAAAAACUAGACAUUGCUAAAAAGCACAAUGGGAGCCUCAUAAAGAAACAUCGUGCGAACAACAUAGGAAGUGAUUGGUAUACCGUGCUUCAUAAUUAUUUUCAGAACCGACAAGCUGAGGACGUCGGAUUCUUUUAUGCUGUUGAAGUACAGAUGGGUUGCUGUAGGAGUCUUUUCUGGGCUGAUGGCAGAUCUAGGUUCUCCUGCAGUCAGUUUGGUGAUGCCAUCAUUUUUGAUACCUCCUAUAAGCAAAACAAUUAUGUGGUGCCAUUUGCUACUUUUGUUGGUGUUAAUCACCACAAGCAGCCGGUUCUUCUUGGAUGUGCUCUACUUGCUGAUGAAUCGAAGGAGUCCUUCAUAUGGUUGUUUGAGACAUGGCUCAGGGCAAUGUCAGGGUGCCAUCCCAAGUCGAUAAUAGCUGAUCAUGAUGAUUCCAUUCUGCAAGCGAUUGCACAGGUUUUUCCUUCAAGCCAUCAUCGAUUCUCAAUGUGGCAAAUUAAGACAAAAGAACGGGAGCAUUUGAGUCCACUGAGUAGUGAUUGUAAAUAUGAAUAUGAGAAGUGUGUUUAUCAAAGUCAUACAGUUGGCGAAUUUGAUGCUGCAUGGGAUGCUCUUCUCAGCAAAUAUGGCCUGAGGGAAAAUGCUUGGCUGAAGGAAAUGUAUGAAAAGCAUGAAAACUGGGUUCCACUGUACUUACGUGGAACAUUUUUUGCUGGAAUUCCCAUUGAUGGAAGUCUAGAUGCCUUUUUUGAUCCAUAUUUAAAUUCUCAAACAUCACUUGAGGAAUUUGUUGUGAGAUAUGAGCAAGGUUUGGAGCAACGUCGUGGCAAUGAAAGGAAAGAAGAUUAUAAUUCAUUCAACUUGCAGGCAUUUUUGCAGACAAAUGAACCGAUGGAAGAGCAAUGUAGGAGGCUUUAUACCCUUUCCGUUUUCAAAGUUUUCCAGAGGGAACUUUUACAAAGCUACAGUUAUCUGGGUGCCAAGAUUCAUCAACAAGGGGCCAUCAGCAGAUAUUUGAUCCGUAAGUGCGGCAAUGAGAAUGAGAAACAUAUCGUUACCUUUUGUUCAUCCAAUCUCGAUGUGAGUUGUGGCUGUCAAAUGUUUGAAUCAGAGGGCGUACUGUGUAGACAUGCUUUGAGAUUGUUCCAGAUUCUAGAUAUUAGGGAGCUUCCAUCUCGCUACAUCUUACAUAGGUGGACGAGAAGUGCUGAGUAUGGUACUGUACGUGAUUUUGAAUCAGAAGGUAGCUCCCACGAAAGUAAGGCUAAGAUGGUCUGGAGUCUUCGUGAAAUUGCUGCCAAAUAUAUAGAGUUUGGUGCCACAUCUUUUGAGAAAUACAAACUUGCUUAUGAAAUUAUGCAUGAGGGUGGGAGGAAACUUUGCUGGCAGAGGCCAAUGUCAGAGUAUGUUUUGAUUGUUGGGUCACUGUCUAUGCGUCUCUUUAAGAGCAUCGUAGUAAAGCAGAAACAAGAAAAAGAGAACAGAACAACUGUUGCUAGAGUUUUAUGUGGUAAAGUUACAAACUGAGAAAAAGUUUCGAGCAGAAAGAAUAAGAACUUGAAAGGGCAUUGAAGCAUGUUUUGGUGAAGCUUUUUUUCCUGGAGUUGGCUCUGCAGCUUGCAUCGGCCAUCUCUGAGAAAGGUAUUGCCUGCUUGUCCAAAUUUGUUCUGGGUUAGGAUAGUUUUAGACUUUGGAGUGAUCUGUCUGUGCUUCAUUUUCUCUUUAUUUUUCUUCACCUUUUUAAAAUGUGAGUAGCAACAUAAAAUGCUUCUAAGUUCAGUUCUAAUUUUAGUUUAUACUUCUAAAGGAAUUUGUAGGAGUUAGCCGCUGUGCCCUUCUUAGAGUAAAUGAAUAGGCAAGACAUGAUCUUAGGGUUGUCAAGAUGAUUACGAUAACUACUUGUCGGAAGGCAAUGGCCCAA